UGGCUGGAGACCGGGAGGAAACGGCGGUUACACGGCUCAGUCCGUGUUUGAAGACGGUGAGGGAAGGGCCGCUGGCGUUUGAGGUGAUAAAGCAGUGAGGACCUGGGGAUGGCGGAAGCUUGGUGCGUCGAGCACAUGCCGAUGUCCUCCGAUGAAGAGGGGGUGGGCACCCCAAUAUUGCCUAAAGAUUCAGAUCGAGGUAGUUCAGUUUCUUCUGAUCUGCAGGAUGAAUAUGAAGAACUUCUACGUUAUGCAGUUGUAACUCCAAAGUGGGAUUCACAUAUCUUCAGACAUUCACAUGUUGUAUCUGGAUUUCCAACAGAUAGCAGGCAUUCAGGUGAAAUGGAAGAUGUCCAUUGCUCAUUUUUUACAGGCUCAUCUUCACAGAAUGAUGUGUGUAGACUUGGAAGCACUGUAAGACAGCUGAGGACUCCAUGCACAAAUACACAAGCUCCUGCAAGCCCUCACUCAGAAGCAACUGAAAAUCUGUUAGAAGGAGAGGAACAUCCCCAAAGGGCACCCAUUCCAUCUUUUUUGGAAGCAGGGUCACCUGUAGAAUCUUGUUCUUUCUCAAAGCGUUCCUUCACAUGUUCAAUACCCAACAAACUUGAAAUGUCAAAGACUGUAAUUAAUCGAUUACCCGUUGCUGAAGAUGACAUGAACAGGGUAGAAGCUGUACUCGACCGCUUCAGUGUCAAUCUCAAGAGUAAUAUUCUAACUGAACUACACAACUGGAGAGUCACAAUUAUUGAGCGGCAUGAAAAGGAAUUAAAAGACGAAAAGGAGAAACAUGAAGUUCAGAUUGCUCAAAUGGACAGUCAGCUUAAGAGUAUGAAAGACUUAGCUUGUACCAACGAAACUUCAGUCGAAAGGAAGGAGGAGGUGAUCUCUAACUUGAUCCAAGGAAUUAAUAGUUUGAAGGAAAAGAUGGAAUUGAUGCGUAGAUUUACACAUUGGAGACUUCAGCUUUCAGAAACAAAAGUAGAAUGUUAUGGAAAUGCAUUGGCAGACAAACACUACAAAAUGUGUCUGAUGAGAAAAGUGUGUACAGCCUGGAAAUUCGAAACCCUCGCGCAAUGGAAAGAGAGGGCAGAAAAGGCAUGCCAGGCUAGGGCUGAGGAGGUCUGCGUCCAACUGUCAACAGACUAUGAAGCAAAAUUUAAAAAGUUGAAUGAGGAGCUGGAAAAAUCAAAAGCAGAGAUAGACCGUCUGUUGGGUGACAAGGAUAAGUAUGCUGAUUCUAUGAAAAAAGCGUUCAUGCGAGGUGUAUGCGCUCUGAACCUGGAGGCGAUGAAUAUGUUUCAGAAUGGAGACCGAAGAGUGGAGAACGAAAACAGAACACAGCCUGUAACUCGAAAAGAUGAUCUAGACCCCAGUGCUUUGACUGCCUUUUUAGCAUCCAAGCAACCUGCAACUUCAGUUUAUCCUGUUCCUGGAAAUGUAGAUGCAUGUGACCAAAUGGUUACUUUGCAUUUUGGUGGUGCAAAUGCUCCCCCAUCCAGGGCAACAGCAGCAGGUACACCAUUGACCACCAUUACAGUGACAUCUCCAUCUCCAGCAAUGGGUUUUUGUCCCACCCAGAAAUUGCCUCCCGGUAAGGUUCUGAGUUCAGCACAACAAAAGGCAGGGAAAACUAUAAUGGCACGCAUCACUGGGCGAUCGGACCUGGCAUUGAAAGGAGUUAAAUGUGGAAAUCAGGGAGUUGCACCACCAAUGACUUCAGUUUGUGUGGAAAGACACCAUCCAAUUUCACAGCAAACCAUUGGUCAAGCCACUGCAGCCAAGUAUCCUCGAUCCAUCCAGCCCCCUUCAGGUAGUGGUGGGAAGGUGAUCAUACAGAGUGGAAAAUCUUCCACGAGCAGCUAUGGUAUCCAAUCAAUAAAAGUUGUGGACUGAAUGCUUGAAACAAUCAGCUGGAAGCUCGGAAUGAAACACAUGGAGGAUAUAAAUUAAAGAACUGUGCAAUGCAUGGUUCUACCAUAUUACGACGACUAAGGAACUGUAUGUUAAAUUACGAAAUGCUACGAUUAAAUUAAUGUGAAUUGCACAACUCAGGAAUAGCAAAUUUACAAGGGAUUUCCAGAUCAUUUGGGGAUUGAUGGAAAUAUUUUAUAAGCAAACGAUGGGGAAAGUGGAUCCUGCAACUCCUCUGUUGAAAUGGUAAACCAUCAUUCUGACUAAGUGCUGCACCUCCCCUCCAACAACAAAGUUUGGAUCUCAUGAAAAUCUAAGUGAAGGUGUAAUGCAUGUAUCAGAUCCCACAGUAAUUGAGCAAGUUUUCUGUACGAUCAAUAGUGUAAAUGAGCAACAAUUUCAAAGUUCCUGAUGUGUCCGCAAUGAUCUUACACUAAAACUUUGUGAGGGAAUAAUAUUCUUAGAUUGUGAUACAAAAAAAUCUUGCAGGAAAUUGUCAUUUUUCCCAGUCAUCCUAUAAUUGAUGGCCUAGCAGUGGGUCAUAUAAGUUAUACACGUAAGUGGCCUUAUGCUUAAAACUUCCUCAGUAUAUAUUCUGUUUACCCCAUCGGCUAUUUGUUAAAUGCAAACUAGCUUCAAUAAUGUUGUGCCAUUUUUCUAAAUCCUUUGUCAGGCUACAAUGAAAUUGGAAUUGGAUCAGAACAAUCAUCAAAUACAUAAGUUUAAAAAUUAUUGUGUAGUUUAUGCAGAAAUGUAAUGACCUAUGAGUACUUCAGGUUAUGUGUUUUUCCCCCACCUUUCCUCACUCCUGCCCAGUGAAAGAAGAUGUUACAAUACACUCAGUCAUUGUUAAGGUACUUGUCCCAUAUUGUUUGUACCUUCAUGAGUCUUCUCCUGUACUAUAGAGUUACCACCCAGUGACUUAAGAAGCAAUCUCAAAUAUCCAGAUAAUUACCCUCUUGUACUUGACUUAAAUAUUAUUAAAUAGUUUGAAGGCCUUGUAUAGAAUUCAGCCUUUAGUAACAGAAAUGUAAUGCUGAAUAAUUGGGUUAUCUUGAAAACAGGUCAAAACUUUCACAUUCCAUCUCCUAAUCACUGACUCUCCCAAAUCACAAAAGAAUUGUGUGCCACAUAUUGGAGGAAUAUGAGAUUCUGCCUCCAGUUUACACAGGUGCAAAAGAUUUUCAAUCUUGAUUCUGUUAAUGAGUUGUACCUCAAACACUUCCAUGUAGAAAACUCCUUGUAAUUCAUUCAAGAACAACACAAGCAAAAAUCGGAGAGCGGGUAUUGGGAGAUGUACUGUGUGAUGCAGGAAGGAAUACAAAUGUUGCUUCAGAAACCUAAUCACUUGCACCUUUUUUUGUCAUUUUUCAGGAUU